UCUUGUCUGUCAGGGGUGGAUAAAUGCUGUAAAAGUGGACCGUAGAAUUAAAUAAUUGUUUUCACAAUGAAUUCUAUAACAAGUGUUGCAGUUAUUCUUGUGGCUGUGUACGGCUUAUGUAGCUGUGACCAGACAAAUGUUGGUUGUGAUCCGGGUUGGUAUGCCACAGACACACAAUGCUAUUUUGUUGAACAAAAGAAAUCAGUAACAAGAGCCCAAGCUGCUACAGAUUGUGGGAACAAACAGGCAGACUUAUUCAAAUUUCAGGACCCUGGUGAACUGACUUUUAUUCAAAAUACAAUAAAAGGAUUCAGUGGGGACGGCUUUUGGACUGAUUUAUCAGAUCUUAGAUUUGAUGGUUCCUUGACUGGGACUGGUAUAUGGCAAUGGGGACAGUAUUUCCAGGUUGAUAACUCUACCAUUCCAUGGGAAGCGUAUCCAACAGCUGAGACAUCUGAAUCAUGUGGAGCUAUGAAUGUUCAGGGAAAGUUUGUUAAUCUGGGAUGCAGCAGACGACUAGGUUACAUCUGCGAAAUAGACAACACUGCAAAUACUGGGUGUCCAGAAAAUUGGAUGCUUACAGACGACAACGGUUGCUUCUUCUUCAGUGACACAACAAAUGGAACGCAACUUUUGUCUUUUGCGGAUGCUCAGCGGGCAUGCGCAGCUAUGCCUGUUCCAGCUGGAAUAACAACAGCUGCUCAUUUGAUGACAGUGGAUUCACCUAGUGACGUAACAUAUUUACAAGGACAGAUUCCUUACCUGGCUCCUACAACAGUGAUGUACUGGACUGGAUUACAACGUCAGGGUUCGUCAUGGGGAUGGGCCAAUAAGGACCAAUUUAUUACGCAAAAUGUAGUGUGGGCAGUGGAGCCAGAUCAUUUAGCAGGCAAUGAACAUUGUGGUAUAAUUAGAACUGAUGGAAAGUUUGCAGACACAGAUUGUACGAAAAAUUAUAACUAUAUUUGUGUAAAAGGAACAACAAUGGUUGAUCCGACAUACUUUUUUGGUUGUGGUGGAUGGAACCGAGCUGGUCAUAAAUGCUACAUAUUUUACGACUCUCCAAAAACUACAUGGUCUGAUGCUAGAACACGAUGCCAAAGUAUUGGUUCAGACCUUUUAAAAAUAGAAAGUAUGGAUGAAAAGAGAUGGUUGGAGUGGGAAAUGUCAAUGACAGAUACCCAUCCUAAUCUAUACUGGACAGGACUGAAUGACCAAUCACAAGAGGGUGUUUAUAAAUGGGCUGAUUCAACCACAGCUGAUUCGUCACUGAUUCGCUGGAAUCAAGAACCAAACGACUGGUUUGGAAAUGAAGAUUGUGCUGCAUUGGUAGGAACUGGUAACUAUAACGAUAUGGAUUGUACAUCUCAAACAGGAUUUAUAUGUGAAUAUGUCAACUUGUUUUAUAAUGCUGGCACUUCAGGCCCCAUCUGUCCAACAGGUAAAGGUUGGAUAAAUAUGCCAAAUACCAAAGAGUGUUAUUACUUUAGUCCACAAAACCAAACUCUUUCUUGGUCAGAAGCCAACGACUAUUGUCACAAGCAGAAGAUUGUUUCUACGACUAUACCUACAACGCUACUGGCAGUAAACAGUGCCCCUGAAAGGGAUUUCAUAGUAGCACAGAUGGCAAAAAUGACAAAUCCACCUAAAGGAUAUUGGACAUCCUUGAACGACAUGAACCAAGAAGGCCAGUGGAUGUUUUAUGAUAAUUUCAAUAACCCGCCAAAUACAAAAGUUAUAAAUUGGGGUGGUGAACCAAGUGAUGAUGGAACAAAAAAUCAGGAUUGUACAUUUGUGUUAUAUGGUGGAAGAUAUUUUGACGUAAAUUGUAAAGCCAAAUUUGGUUUUAUAUGCCAAAAAUACGCUACAGGGUUGGCUGCAGUUUAUGGAAAUGGGGGAUCAUCAGGUAAAACAGACGUCAUCACCAUGGUAACAGUGUUGCUUGUGACACUGUUUGUAAAACGUUGUUUUUGAAAAGAUAUUGUCUUAUAAAGUUGAACAAUGUGACUAUUCUUUUGGUAUUGUGAAAAUGUGUAAAGUGCCACGAGACCUAUCCUGUCUUAUAGAGUUUUAGAUAAUAUUGAUAAUAAUGUCGCAAAUUUUGGCAAUCCAAGAUUAUUGUCAACCAAUACCUUACUCAUCUGAGAUAACAAAAAAUUUAAAUAAAUAUUCAUUGAGAAAAAGAUUCUCUAAAAAGUUAUAAUCUAUUUGAGUCAAUUACAACAGUUAUCAAAAUCAUACCGUAAAUUUGUGUUGCACAGAGUUUACUUUCAUUUAAUUUGUAUGAAAUCUAUAUAACUUAAAUAUUUAAACAAGUAAAUUAAUCAAAUUGUAGGUAGUUAGAAAUAUUUUUUUUAUUAGCUAAUAUUAUGAGCAUUCUUGUUUAAAAGUAUGUACUUUAUCUAUCCCAAAUAAAUAACGACAAUAUUGCUUUCAAAUUAUUUUUAUUAUAAAGGUUUUUCUUAUAAAACAAAGCGUUAUAUAACAUAAUAGUUAUAUGUUUAGAUAUCAUAUAACUACGUACAUUUAAGAUCAUAUGUGGACUUUUUACAUGUGUAUAAGCUGACUUGGUUUGUGUGCGCUCUGAUAAAAAUUGUCUCUACAUCAUAUCAUUUUGUUAUUAAAAAUAUUUACAUCA